GAGCGCGGCAUGGAGCCGGCGGGGGCCGAGGCGGCCGGGCCCGGGGCCGCAACGGCGGCGGCAGUCGGGGCUCCGGUGCCCGUGGACUGCUCGGACCAGGCGGGCAAUACCGCACUGCAGUUUGCCGCGGCCGGGGGCCACGAACCGCUGGUGCGCUUCCUGCUGCGCCGCGGUGCCUCGAUCAGCAGCCGCAACCACUAGGGCUGGAGCGCGCUCAUGCGGGCGGCCAGAUGAGGAGAAAAGGCGACCUGGUUAUUUUCCAUGCAUUGAAAAUGGGAAACUUCCAGCUGGUCAAAGAGAUUGCUGAUGAAGACCCCAGCCACGUGAACUUGGUCAAUGGGUACUGGGCGACGCCGGAGCAGCUGGCUCUGGUGCAGCUGCUGGGGGAGAGGCACGCGGAUAUUGACAAGCAGGACAGCGUGCAUGGCUGGAUGGUCCUCAUGCAGGCAACCUACCAUGGGAAUAAGGAAAUUGUCAAAUAUCUGCUAAACCAAGGGGCCGAUGUCACUCUUCGUGCAAAAAAUGGAUACACGGCCUUUGACCUGGUGAUGCUGCUGAAUGAUCCCGACACGGAACUUGUUCGACUGCUGGCAUCUGCCUGCAUGCAGGUGAAUAAAGACAAAGGCCGGCCGAGCCACCAGCCGCCCCUGCCCCACUCGAAGGUCCGACAGCCCUGGAGCAUCCCAGUGCUGCCCAAUGAUAAGGGCGGGCUGAAGUCCUGGUGGAACCGAAUGUCCAAUCUGUUCCGAAAGCUCAAACUGAUGCAGACGCUGCCCCGUGGGCUGUCCAGCAACCAGCCUUUGCCCUUCUCUGACGAGCCUGAGCCAGCUCUGGACUCCACAAUGAGGGCUGCCCCCCAGCAGGACAAGACAAGCCGCUCUGCACUCCCUGAUGCAGCCCCUGUGACCAAAGACAAUGGUCCUGGGAGCACAAGCGGAGAAAAGGAAGACAGGUUAUUGACAACCAUGCUUCGAAACGGAGCCCCCCUCACCAGACUCCCCAGUGACAAGCUGAAAGCAGUCAUCCCCGCGUUCCUACCCCCUUCCAGUUUUGAGCUGUGGCGCUCUGAUCGGUCCCGGACGCGUCACAACGGGAAGGCAGACCCCAUGAAGACUGUGCUGCCCCAGAGAGCCAGCAGGGGCCACCCUGUGGGCGGCGGGGGCACAGACACUACACCCAUCAGGCCUGUUAAAUUUCCAAGCCUCUCCAGAAGCCCAGCCUCUGUUGCCAAUUCUGGAAACUUCAACCACUCGUCGUCUCAUUCAUCGGGCGGCUCCAGUGGGGUAGGAGGUGUGAGCCGGCACGGUGGGGAGCUGCUUAACCGUUCAGGUGGCAGCAUAGACAACGUCUUGUCCCAAAUCGCUGCCCAGAGGAAAAAAGCAGCCGGAUUAUCAGAGCAGAAACCCAGCCAUCGGUCAAGCCCUGUGGGGCCAGCACCAGGGUCCAGCCCGUCUGAGCUUCCAGUCUCCGCUGCAGGUGGCAGCGUUCCCGUUGGCACGAAAUUGGAGACCAGCAAAAGGCCUCCGUCUGGAACUUCCACUACCUCCAAGAGCACCUCUCCAACCUUCACGCCCUCCCCCUCACCCAAAGGGCACACUGCAGAGUCCUCAGUGUCUUCCUCGUCAUCGCAUCAGCAGUCCAAGAGCAGUGGGGGCUCCAGCAGUGGCACCAUCAUAGAUGAGGAUGAACUGACUGGAAUCCUUAAGAAAUUAUCACAUGAGAAAUAUCAGCCCAUUUUUGAGGAACAAGAGGUGGACAUGGAAGCGUUCCUUACGCUGACUGACGGUGACUUGAAGGAGCUGGGAAUUAAGACAGAUGGGUCCAGGCAGCAGAUUCUGGCAGCGAUUUCUGAACUCAACGCAGGCAAGGGACGCGAGAGACAAAUUUUACAGGAAACCAUUCACAACUUUCAUUCUUCCUUUGAGAGCAGUGCCAGCAACACCAGGGCCCCUGGCAGCAGCCCCUCCUUGGCUGGGUGGGUGAGGCCAGAAGAAACUGCCUCCGGCAAGAGGUAGCAGCUGCUGAGGUGGCUCUGCUGGCAUCGGAGCCCACAGAAGUGAGGAGUGGCCGAUGGACCUGCCCUCCAAAUGUGCCUGACUCUGAGUCUUGCUAUCAUUGGGUUUCCCAGCAUGACAGACAGAAAGAAAGAUAGUUUGGCCAAGUCGUAGAAGCUGGUCCAGUGGGUAAAAAGGGGGCAGGGAACCUGUCUCUUUUGCUCUUGCCUCGGAGCUGCCUGAAGACAUGGGCCAGGCUGGAGGCUGGACAACUUUGGACAGAUACGCUGACCUGUGCUUCCAAGUAAAUGCCUGCUGAAGAGCCCAGGACCCUUUCUGGGAGAAUUCUGCAGCCAGAAUGAAAGUGCCAUCAGCAGGAGGCUGUGAAGCACCAUCCUGUCGCUGUCCUUGUCCAUUCCUAGCAAGUUAAUCGUGUCUUGUUAACUAGCAGUUCCUGUUCAACGUGUAAAGAGACCUGAUGUUUUCCCUAAUAAAGCUGAUACCAAGUUUUGCAGGAAAAAAGAAAAAAGCAAAAGCAUAUACUUAUCAUAUAACCCAGCAAUUC